AGGGAACAAGGGGCAUGAGCGAGGCAGCCCGGAAGCAGGCCGCUCUUCGGCGACUCUGGCCGCGACGAGUCUAGGGCGGAGGCGGCGCGCAGACGCCGGGGCGGGGAGGAGCGCAGCGGCCGCAGCAAGAGCGAGCAGCGGCCGCGCGGGUCCCCGGGACGGCCACGAUGAGCGGGGCGGCUGCGGCACUGGUGGGCUACGCGAGCAGCAGCAGCAGCUCCGGCUCCUCCGCGUCGGAAGAGGAGGAGGGCGCAUCUUCCGCGCAGCCAGAGGGGCCGCUGCCGGGCGCAGCGGGCAGCGGCGUCGGCUCCGCCUCCUCUCCCGGCUCUGCCCGCGCCGCCAGUGGCUCCCUUCCCGCCGCUCGUCUUCCCAUGCCGGACAGUGUGCUGAACAUGUUCAGGGACCGGGAGGAGGAGGUGGUGGAUGACAGCAGCCAGCACGGAGGCCGCCUGAGGACCUUCCCGCACGAGCGAGGCAACUGGGCCACACACGUCUACAUGCCUUGUCAUGGUCAUUCCCACGGGGAGGAAGACACCCACGGCGGCUGCAUCCUGCACGGUGGGGGUGGCCAGCCGUGGCAGCCUCCUGAGCGCCACCCAGGUGUGCCUCGUCUCGGCAGAGGACCCAGCCCAGGUGGCCUUCAGGUGCGUCUCUUUGCAGAUGAGGUGCAAGAGGACUUUGGGGACCUGCUGCAGCUCCUCCUGCUGCACGCGCGCACGUACGUGGCGUCGCUGACGGCAGUGACGGAAUUCCACAUCAGCCUCUCGCAGAGCGUGGUCUUGCGCUAUCACUGGAUCAACCCCUUUGUCCAGUCCCUCAAGGAACGCUUGGCCUCCUUCCACAGGUUCGUCUGCAGAGCAGACCAAGUGAAGGUUUACACCAAUGAGGCCAAAACCAGGACCUUCCUUGGCUUGGAGGUCUCUUUGGGGCAUUCUCAGUUCUUGGAGUUGGUUUCUGAGGUGGACAAAGUUAUGGAGGAGUUCAACCUGCCCCUUUUCUACAAGGAUCCCUCGUUCCAUCUCAGCCUCGCAUGGUGUGUGGGGAACCUGUCUGAAACCCUCCAAGGCCGCUGUCUCCAGGAGCUGCAGGAGAUCGUGGACGGCUUUGAGGACUCUUCAUACCUCCUGCGACUCCCUGGGACCGAAAUCCGCUGCAAGUCCGGCAAGAAGUUCUUCUCCUUCCCUCUGCGGUAGAAGCCCUGGAGGUUGCAGGAUGGGCCCCAGUGAUGGGACUGGGCAGCCCUUGAGCUGUGAUGGGGGGAAUGGGAAGAAGAAGCCACGGCCGGAUUCAUGCAAGGCUCAAGAAGAAGACGUGCUCGGCAGGGUUGCAGCCUGCCCCCGACUGAUCGGGGAGUGUCGUUUUGCCUUUGUGUGCAUUUCAAGAUGUUGGCAAUGCUCGAAGAUGUUGGCAGUGCUCUGCACUGGUGCUCCAUGAGGAGCCACUGAAGGGUUUGGUGGAGCAAGCACUGAUGGAAACUUCAACUGUCCUGGAAACUUCAAUCCUGUCCUGGGAGGCGACUGGAAAUUAUUCUGGAUUAAUGGUGGGAGGCAGUGGAAUGGAAUUCCUCCUGGAGCUGCCCCUUCAGGACUUUGUCUUGCAAGAUGAGAGCAUCCUCCCGCAAGAAGCUCUGCCGGUCCCUUCAGCUCAGGAGAUCCCAGCCUUGGGUCUCCAGACAUGGCUGGACUGCAAGCCCAUCAUUCCCAGCCACAACAGCUUGCAAGCCAUCGCCGCUAGAGACAAGAGCGGCCAGUGUUAAUAAGUGCUAUGCUGCCUGCAGGCUGGCCAUGCGUCAGGUAGAGCUGUGCUGUUAACCACGCAGCUCUACCUGACACAUGGCCAACCUGCAGGCAGGGAGGGAGAGAGGGAGGAGCAAACGGAGCUCCAGGAAGCAGAGGCAGCUGUGCCUCCUCUGGGGCCGCCCCCCCCCCCCCCCCGGGCUCCUCCAGAUGAGCUGCUCCUGGCUAGGGAUGAUGGGAGUUAUAGCCACACAUCCUCUGGAGACCAGGGUUGGGGCUCCCUGUUCUAGCUGAUGCUACCCCUCCCCCAAGAGAGUUUUGGCCCCAAGGUGUCCCUCUCCAGUGGGAGCGGCAAAGACUCUUACCCUGUUGGACUGGUCGGUUAGCCAGAUAAAAAGAGCAAUGCAAGAGCAGAUUUA